GUCACUCGACGACCGACCGCCGACCGGAGGUGUCGUAGUUACUCGUUGUCGUGCAGCAGGGUGGUUCAAAUAGUAAAGUGAGUGUAUGUGUGUGUGGGUGUGCGCGCGUACACGCUCAGCCGUGAGCGAUACGUGGAUGAAUACAUUAUAAUGUCCGCGUACGUGUCCGUUAAGAGUUUUGAGGAUCAUCCAAUCAUAACCAGUGCACCGACAUAAUAGUGACCGUCGACUGUGAGGCUCGUUGAGUGUUGUUUCAUCGUUUCCCAUCGUUUCUCAAGGUUUCAUGUCCUGUGUCGCAUCAGCGACUGUCAUCAUCGCUAUCGUCCGAAUCAACGGUGAACGUGAACGCUUAACGCCCGAAUUCAUUUUGAGAAAACGAACGACAGAUUGAGCUUGGUUCUUGAACAGGGAGUCGAAGAGAAAACGAGGAAAAAGUCAAUCGCCAGCACCGCCGCCGUCGUGAUCCGACGCUGAAUUAAAAACAGACGGAAAAUGUCGUCGGUAAAGGUGGCGGUGAGGGUACGGCCCUUCAACAAUCGAGAGAUCUCCCGUGAGGCACAAUGUAUCAUCGAAAUGUCCGGCAAUACUACUUCGAUAUUGAAUCCCAAAGCACCACCGGGCAGCAAAGAUGCGCUCAAGAGCUUCAAUUACGAUUAUUCCUAUUUUUCCAUGGACCCAAACGACGCAAAUUAUUCUUCACAACUAAUGGUCUACAAGGAUAUCGGCGAAGAGAUGUUGGAGCAUGCUUUCGAAGGUUACAACGUCUGUAUAUUCGCUUACGGACAGACCGGUGCUGGCAAAUCGUACACCAUGAUGGGUAAACAAGAAGAAGGUCAAGAGGGAAUAAUACCUCAAAUUUGCAAGGACCUCUUUAGAAAAAUCAGUCGCAAUUCAAAUGAGUGCCUGAAGUAUUCUGUUGAAGUGAGUUACAUGGAAAUAUACUGCGAAAGGGUGCGGGAUCUCUUAAAUCCAAAGAACAAAGGAAACCUUCGUGUACGGGAGCAUCCUCUGCUUGGACCGUACGUUGAGGACCUGUCCAAAUUGGCGGUGAUGUCGUAUCAAGAUAUUCAUGAUCUUAUCGAUGAAGGAAACAAGGCGAGAACGGUAGCAGCCACAAAUAUGAACGAAACGUCUAGCAGAUCUCAUGCCGUAUUUACGAUAUUCUUCACGCAACAAAAGCAGGAUUCUGCAACAGGAUUAGUGACAGAAAAAGUCAGCAAAAUCUCCCUGGUCGAUUUGGCGGGUUCUGAAAGGGCUGAUUCUACUGGUGCAAAGGGUACGAGGUUGAAAGAAGGUGCCAAUAUUAACAAAAGCUUGACGACCCUUGGAAAGGUCAUCAGUGCCCUUGCUGAAAUUGCGGCGACUAAAAAGAAGAAAAAGGCUGAUUUCAUCCCCUAUAGAGAUUCUGUUCUAACGUGGCUUUUGAGAGAAAAUCUAGGAGGUAAUUCUAAAACAGCAAUGAUUGCGGCAGUGAGUCCAGCGGACAUCAAUUACGAUGAAACCCUCUCCACCUUACGAUACGCAGACAGAGCGAAACAAAUAGUUUGCAAAGCCGUCGUCAACGAAGACGCGAACGCGAAACUUAUCAGAGAACUCAAAGAAGAGAUUCAAAAAUUGCGGGAAUUGCUGAAACAAGAGGGUAUUGAUGUGCAAGAAGGGCCAGAUGGUAAAGUCACAUAUGAAAAGAAAGAAUCUAGGGAUGAAAUCGUCCGAGCAACCAAACGCGAGGACGACGUGAAGGAAAGUCGGCCCAGAAUCGCAUCUCACACCACAUCGACUAUCGCUGAAGAAGCAGUGGAUCAAUUGCAAGCUUCAGAAAAACUUAUAGCCGAAUUGAAUGAAACAUGGGAAGAGAAGCUGAAACGAACCGAGAUAAUUCGUUUACAACGCGAGGCAGUGUUCGCCGAAAUGGGGGUUGCUGUGAAAGAGGAUGGAGUCACGGUUGGUGUAUUCUCUCCAAAAAAGACUCCUCACUUGGUGAAUCUGAAUGAGGAUCCGCUCAUGUCCGAGUGUUUGAUUUACUACAUCAAGGAUGGCUUCACACGUAUCGGUAGCGCCGAAGCUAACAUACCGCAAGAUAUACAGUUAUGUGGUCCUCACAUACUGAGCGAGCAUUGCGUCUUCGAGAAUCACGAGGGUAUUAUUACCCUGAUUCCGAAGAAAGGAGCUUUAAUUUACGUUAAUGGACGUGAGGUCACUGAACCGAUCGUUCUGAAGACCGGAUCUCGCGUCAUCUUAGGAAAGAAUCAUGUGUUCAGAUUCAAUCAUCCUGAUCAAGUCCGUGAACGAAGAGAGAAGGGAUCUCCCGCAGAAACUCCUGGAAAUGGAGAAACAGUCGACUGGAACUUUGCACAGAUUGAAUUGUUGGAAAAACAAGGAAUUGAUCUAAAAGCUGAGAUGGAGAAGAGAUUAUUAGCUUUGGAAGAACAAUUCCGUAAAGAGAAGGAAGAGGCGGACCAAUUGUUCGAAGAGCAAAGAAAGAACUACGAGGCUCGAAUAGACGCACUGCAACGACAGGUUGAGGAACAAAGCAUGACGAUGUCAAUGUACAGCAGUUAUACCCCCGAAGACUUUAACAAUAUCGAGGAAGAUAUUUUCGUCAACCCCUUGUUUGACGCAGAGAGCAACUGGACCGAGAGAGAGUUCCAACUGGCCGCUUGGGCCUUCCGCAAGUGGAAAUAUCAUCAAUUCACAAGUCUUCGGGAUGAUCUAUGGGGCAACGCUAUAUUCCUCAAAGAAGCUAACGCUAUUUCUGUCGAACUCAAAAAGAAGGUACAAUUCCAGUUUACUUUGCUCACGGAUACGCUUUACUCGCCGCUUCCUUCGGAUCUCUUACCUGUCAUUGACGACGAGGAAGAAGAAGAAAGGCCAUUCCCGCGUACUAUAGUUGCUGUAGAAGUUCAAGACACGAAGAAUGGCGCGACACAUUACUGGACACUCGAUAAACUUAGACAGCGCUUGGAGUUGAUGCGACACGUGUACAACGAGGACUCGAGCCCCAGCACUCCGGAGGCCAAAGAGGAUAUUUUCCAAUGUCUAACCGCCUACUCUAAUCCGAAGUUCUCGCUCGCAAAUCUUUUGCCUUCGAGACAAAGACUUGAACUGAUGCGAGAAAUGUAUCACAACGAGGCAGAAUUGUCGCCGACAUCCCCGGAUUUUAAUAUCGAGUCCAUCACUGGAGGUGAUCCAUUCUACGACCGUUUUCCCUGGUUCCGAAUGGUUGGCAGGUCUUUCGUAUAUCUAAGCAAUCUUAUGUAUCCCGUACCAUUGAUCCACAAAGUAGCGAUAGUAAACGAAAAGGGAGACGUAAAAGGCUACUUGCGUGUAGCUGUGCAAGCUGUUGUUGAAGAGGAAAACAGUGAAUACUCAAGUGGCGUCAGACAGUCAGCUAGAAUUUCUUUCGAGGACGACUUGUUUGGAAAUCAAAAACAGAACAAACGCAACACUCUGUUAACCCAGACUCUUGAGAAGAACCGUCAAAUUCUGUUACACGAGGAACGCGUCGUGGAGGGUCACAACGAGCAAAAGGAGGUGAAAGACGAAGACGAUAUCGGCGAUGCAGACAGUGGCAGAGGGGAUAGCUCAGUUUCCAGCGACAUGAAGGAAGAGGAUCUACCGGAUCAUUUGCAACUUGGCUCUGAAUUCACAUUCAGGGUUACCGUGUUACAGGCCAUGGGCAUUUCCACCGAAUAUGCUGACAUUUUUUGCCAAUUCAAUUUCUUGCACCGACACGAUGAAGCAUUUUCAACUGAGCCAGUAAAAAAUACAGGAAAAGGAUGUCCUCCUGGAUUUUAUCACGUACAAAAUAUCACGGUGACGGUAACAAAAUCAUUCUUGGAAUAUCUAAAAACUCAGCCAAUCGUUUUCGAAGUUUUUGGACACUAUCAGCAACAUCCUCUGCAUAAAGAUGCAAAACUGGAAUACGUAAGACAACCACCGAAGAGAAUGCUUCCGCCAUCUAUACCUAUCAGUCAACCCGUACGUUCACCGAAAUUCGGCAGUGUUUUACCAUCUCCGAGCACGUCACACGUGCACGCGAAAUACGAUGUAUUAGUUUGGUUUGAGAUUUGCGAGUUAGCGCCGAACGGUGAAUACGUACCAUCCGUGGUCGACCAUAGCGACGAUCUACCGUGUCGUGGAUUGUUUUUGCUCCAUCAGGGAAUCCAGCGUCGGAUUCGAAUUACCAUUGUACACGAACCAGCGUCUGAGCUGCGAUGGAAAGAUGUGAGAGAGUUGGUCGUCGGACGUAUUAGAAACACGCCAGAACCAGAGGAAGAGGACAAUGAUUCGUCGGUGCUUUCGUUAGGGCUUUUCCCUGGCGAAUAUCUAGAAGUACCUGGUGAUGAUAGAUGCAUGUUCAGAUUCGAGGCAGCGUGGGAUAGUUCUCUUCAUAAUUCGGCCUUGCUCAAUAGAGUUACAGCUUACGGAGAACAAAUCUUCAUGACAAUUUCUGCUUACCUCGAGUUGGAGAAUUGUGGAAGACCAGCGAUCAUCACGAAAGACUUGAGUAUGAUCAUUUAUGGCAGAGACGCCAGAGUAGGGCCACGUUCUCUGAAGCAUCUAUUCAGCGGAAGCUACCGCAAUCAAGAAGCAAACAGACUCAGUGGUGUUUACGAGCUGGUCUUGCGUCGUUCUUCGGAAGCAGGUAGCCCAGGCGUUCAGAGGAGACAACGGCGUGUAUUGGACACCAGCUCUACGUAUGUUAGAGGAGAGGAAAAUCUUCAUGGAUGGAGACCACGGGGAGAUAGCUUAAUAUUCGAUCACCAAUGGGAGUUAGAAAAAUUGACAAGAUUGGAAGAGGUGGAGAGAGUAAGACACACGCUAUUAUUACGAGAAAAGCUCGGUAUCGACAAAGUGUCAUUCUGCAAUAAAAUAUCUCAUGAUUUCACAAAGAGUGAGAAGGAGGUCUGCAACAUGAUGGCGAAAGCGACGAAUGAAACGCAUGCCAGCCCGGUGAAAUUGAAGCGUUCAACUAGUAAAGACGUUUACGAGCCUUGGGAGAUGACCGAAAGAGAAAAAGAACUAGCCACAAAGUAUAUCAAACUUAUUCAAGGUCGCAUUCCAAGCAAAGAACCCAUUCUAUUGUCCGACGUUUCACCCGGAGAAGACACUAUGGCCGAUAUGACGGCAUCUAUGAUAUCUUCGGUGAUAUCAUCCUCGUCCCAAGAGUCAGUAUACGAGAGAGCUAGUGAUUACUUAGAGCAGGCUGCUGGUAUAAUAGUAUGGAGCAGAUCUAAGUCGUGCAUCCUUAGGUUAAGUUCACCGGAGAGAGCUAGACUGCAGGAACUGCAGGAGAGUAUAUUAGCCAGUGAAUCCGCUAAUCAACCGUGUACAAUCGCACCGGCUCCAUUGGGUUCAUCUUCCCCAUCGAAGGAGAAUUUGGUACUCUACGUGCCGGAAGUCGAAGAAAUUCGCAUCAGUCCGGUUAUUGCCAGAAAAGGAUACCUAAAUGUUCUCGAACACAAGACUAAUGGUUGGAAGAAACGUUGGGUGGCUGUACGACGACCAUACGUUUUAAUCUUUCGGGAAGAAAAAGACCCAGUGGAGAGAGCUCUCAUUAAUUUAGCUACUGCUCAAGUUGAAUAUUCUGAAGAUCAAUUAGCUAUGGUGAAAGUACCAAAUACUUUCAGCGUCGUUACAAAACAUCGAGGAUAUUUACUGCAAACUUUAGGAGAUAAGGAGGUUUAUGACUGGCUGUACGCUAUUAAUCCUCUUCUUGCUGGUCAAAUCAGGUCAAAACUAGCACGCAAGGGGCCAGCUACAAAUCUGAAUAACGCUUCGCCUGUUGGUCUAGUCCCGCCCAUAGAUCAACAGUCGAACCAAAAUAAGUGAGUGGCCGACACGUUGGCCGAGGUAACGAGCGUCAUUGCAAAAGCCUCCGAAAAGGUGCUUUGCUGGUCGCACUCGGCCUUCGAGUCUCAUGAUCUCUGUAGCUUUCGAUUUUCGGUAGUUUUCGAUUAUUAAAACGCCUCGAAAAAUGCGUACUAACGAUUGACUACCAGCUUCGGUAGCCGCCGAUUAAUAUCUCGUGACAUCUGAUUUAACUACCCGUCAGCCCUUUUACUCCUGGCGACCGAAUAGAGAAAUGAAAAUCGGAACGACUCUUAAAUGCAAGGGCAUGUUUAUCCUUUGACAAAAAAAGAAAAAAUGGUUAUACGUGUUCGAAUUAUUGACAUUAUUACUUUCGGAAUCGCAAAUACUCCUUCAAUGGUCUCUCCGUUCAUUUUGAUACACGAUCAAAAUGUACAAUAACGUUGAUGAGACAUCACCACGAGCUCGCGAUACCUAUCUUAUAAUAUAUUCGAAUUUCUCGAUAUUAGUCGGUCGUACGAAGCGAUUCUCUUUUAAGCGUGGAACGCAUACAGUGAAGAGCAACGUAUUUAUGCCUAAAUAAAACAUUCCUAAGACGAUCAUAGAAAACGAGGCAAGAGAAUACACAUUGUAGGUAUACUCAUUAAAGAGAAGAUGUGGCGCGAGAGGAAGCAAGAAAGAGAGGGAGAGAACGAGAGAGAGAGAAAUAGGGAAAAGGCGAUGUAGUGAAAUUAUGAAUUUUUGAGUGUUUAUGUCUGGAAGAAAGAGAGAAAAAGAGAACGAAAGGAAGAAGAGAACAGGAAUUAAGGAAAGAGAGAAAUAAGAGAUUCUACACCAAGAAGGGUGCAGAUGAUUUCGAACGCGAAUUCUAAACGGUAAUCGUUGAACAAUUCAUUGUUAGUAAUUCGUUUAUGUAAUUCUGUUUGUCUAUUAUGACCGUUAUCGAAAUAAUCCUUUUUCCUCUUGUUUCGUGUUGCUGUAGUAUUAACCAUUUUACACCUCGAAUAACGAAUACUUGAGUCAUAAGUAGAAUAUCGAGGUCACAACAAAUUUCACUCAAAUUUGUACUUUUACUGUAUAGACCAGUAUUCAAACAUAAAGAUCGAGGUAAACAUUUUUCUGUCUCAACAGAGAAACUUCGUAAUAACAAUACGGAUAAUUUGCAGUAUUAUUUAGACGAAACGUCGAGUCAGGUAUAUUUUUAAUUCAGUACAAACGUUCGUUAAAACUUUUAUGUCAGUGUUAGUUACUGGCAUAAUCCUUAUUAUCAUUUAAGAAAUAUUUUUCUUCGUUGAUUUCAGUUAUAUUCAAAUUUUUCUAUCGAUCUUACCUAACCGAGUUAUCAGUGAAAAGCGAUUACCAAUAUAUUCUGUUGAACGGCAGAUAAAAUGGAAAAUUUGUAAGCGGAUUAUUUUCUCGGUUGUUUGUACGCGGAGAUUCACACAAAAGUGAGCCCCGCUUCUGUUACCGUUUUUGCUUACUAUACUGUUGUAGAGUCUGAUAGUUUUAUUUUGUUAACGAGGACGUACGUGUCGAUGAAGAACAAGAAACCGUACUUUAAUAAGUUAUAUACGCACUCAGCUUUUUUAACCCUUUGAAGCAAAAAUUUAGGUGAAACGAACCGAUAGUAUCGACAUUAAUCAUUUUUCUUUUAUAUACAUGAAUUUUAUUGCUCAGUACAUAUUAGCUUUAAUUAUUUAUUUUAAUUUAUGUUAUACUUUUACAACCAUAUAGUAGUAAUCAAAUUGCAAUUACACACCCCAAUUUAAGGGAUAGACUGAUUAUUUAUUACUUUUUAAUUGAAAUUGUAAAUGUAUUUAAUUAAUAUUGCCAAGUAUAUAAUAUAUAUAUUUCACAAUUGAAAAUUUGUGUGUAGUUAUGAAACAGCCUGAAAUACGAGAAUUUAGUAGGUAAUCAAUUUUGAUUAUUUAUUUAUUAGUGGAAAUUUGAAUUAAACCGUACAAUAAAAUGAACGAAUUGAUGGGCAGAAUUACCGCGAUAAAAUUAAUUAUUUGAUUACGUCGUGUUUCAGUACAUCCCCAAAAAAUUAUAUUUCAUUUUCCCUAGUAUAACAAUAGGAGUGCAAUGUUGGUUAAUUCUUAAAGUUAAAUGAUUUUUCAUCCUUCAAAAUGUAUGAAAAACUCUGUACAAUAUUAAAGUUUUUUAAUUAACCUUCUUUUUUAUCAAAAGGUGAUAUUUAGUAUUGUUAGAUUGUUGCUUAUGUCUAAUAAUAUAUCAAAGAGACUCCAAAUCCUGUUUAAAAUGGGAAUGGUAGAAUCCAUGUAACAUAAAUAUAGAAAAUAAAUAUAAGAAAUGUAAUAUUCAUAAUAUUAAUUCUUGAAAGCAAGCACAUUAAAAAUCUGAACUGGAGAAUGCAAAAAGUGUACUCUCUCUCUCUAUUGCUAUUUUCUAAGAUGUUUAUUGUAUAUCUACAGAAUAACUGUACUUACAGACUUAGGAUUAAAAUAAAGGUUUACGACAUGCGCUUUUACACAAUAAAAUAAAAAAUAAACAAUGCAUAAUUCAGAUAUUCAUUCAUUUUUUUUUAACAUGUAAGAAGACAUCUAUGAAUUGUACAAGAGCAUAAUACGUAUAUGUAUGCAUAAUGUAUUUAUGAAUAUUACCUACGAUACGUAGCAUUUAUAUUUUAAUCGUGUUAUUUACGCAUAAUUUAUUUGUUAUACUAUAUAUGACAAACAACUGUGCAUGUAAGUAAAUAAAACGAAAAGAAAAGUAUUGCUUCAGGGGGUUAAAGACAUAAUUUAUUACUACGUAAAGAAGGAAAAGAAAUUGAAUAUUAAGCAUGGAGUAGACAAAUAAAAAAUUAAUUAAAGGAAAAUAGGACAAGUGAGCAGAAAGAAAAAUGAUACGAGCGUUGUGAAUAAAAAUACAGGAACGCUGUCGAUAAGAUUAAUAAUCAUUGUUGUUAUUAAAAGACAAAAUGCGGAAUUAAAGGGAGACGAGAGAAGAGAAAGGGAAGAACUAAAGGGGAGAGAAUGGAGAAGCGCGUGUGCGCGAGAGAGAGUGAGUGCGAAAGAGAUAGCGCGAAAGACAUGUUUGCUUAUAUAUAUAAGGUAUAUAUAUAUAUAUACCUUAUAUAUAAAGUAUAUUAUAUAAAUAUAUAAAUAAAUUUAAUAUUAACAUAAGCAUUUUGUCAAAUGUCAAAGACCAUCUGGAGGCAUACGAUAAAAAGGCUAACGAUGAUUUGAUCUGUACCAAGUAUGUAAGUUCAUGUACUUACUUGUUUGUAAGGUAACUAAAAACUCUAUUGCAAAAACGUUUUCGUUUUUGAUCGUUUGCUAUGGAAAAAGACAUGCAUCGAUGCUGUAACUUGUAUUUAUUAUUAUUAUAAUUAUUCGAUUUUCGCUAGACUCACUGUAAGUGGUAACGUGUAAUAAAUCGGUCAAUAAAAAGCUUACAUGCUUAA